GCGGCAGCUGCGCCUGCAGUUCCGGGUUCGAGUCUUCCCUCCCUCCGUUCACCAGGGCGCGCGGAAGUGAGUCGGGCAGCCAAGGCAAGGCGGCCGAGAGCGAUGGCUCAGGGGAAGCGCAAGUUCCAGGCGCGCAAGGCGGCCUCCGCGGGGAAGAAAGCGAAGGCGGCGGCGGCGGCGGCAGCGGCAGCGGCCCGGGGGCCUCGCAAAGGAGGUAGGGCCGAGGGACGGACACAGAGGCCGCCCGGGCGCCGGCUUUGCUCGCAACUUUGCCUCCGGUUCCGGAGACUUUUGUGCGCGCUCGGAAGCAUUCCGGGUGCGCGAAAAAAGAACCCCUCCUCUCCAAGCGCGCGAUGAGGAAUAAUUAUUAUUAGUUAUUUUAAAAAUUUAGCCGCUUUCUCUUGCCCAAGGCAAUCCAAGCGACUUAAGACCAAAUUAGGAGGUUUCUUUUCCUCCCCUUAAUUUCUUUAUUCGUGAUCCACGAAGCCGGUGCCAGAGCGCCCUCCAUGUUCCCAUUUUACGCGCGCGCCAUGCGUAAAAAGCAGGUCGCUUCCCGCAAAGAAUCCUGAGUACCGUGGUUUGCCUCUCAGGGCUACAAUGGAAAGAAACUUUAGCGAACUACAGUUCCCUUGAUUCUUUGCGAUGGGGGGGGGAGCCAUAUUGACUUGACUGGAUGGUGGGUUCGCAGUCAUAGCGGUUAAGGGCGCUGGACUUUGAGGGGACCCAGGUUCGAAUUCUCACAGCCAUAAGAACUCAGCCGCUGACCUUGGGCUGCCUCUCCACGGCACAGGUUGUGAUGGUAAAAGGAUGUGUGCAAAGAAAGAGGGGAUCGUGUAGAGCGCCUGGAGCUCUCCGGAGGAAAGGUGGGGUGUAAAUGAAAUAAAUUGGAUGGGCAAAUAAGGCUGAGUGGGGAUUUACAGUGGUACCUCGGGUUACAUACGCUUCAGGUUACAGACUCCGCUAACCCAGAAAUAUUACCUCGGGUUAAGAACUUUGCUUCAGGAUGAGAACAGAAAUCAUGCUCCAGCUGUGUGGCAGCAGCAGGAGGCCCCAUUAGCUAAAGUGGUGUUUCAGGUUAAGAACAGUUUCAGGUUAAGACCGGACCUCCAGAACGAAUUAAGUACUUAACCCGAGGUACCACUGUAUUUAUUUCAAUACAUUUCUAAACUCCUUGCUAUUUUUUAAAAAAUUCCAACACAGUUUGCAACAUAGCAAGAUACAUUAAAAUCAUAUUAUUUAAAAAAGCAACUUCUGCAGAUGUAAGAAAUACAGUUGACAGUCAGGGAAAGCCUCAAUAAAGAGGUGUUAUUUUUAACAAAUGUUGGAAGCACCCUACAAAUGACAGCGAGGAGAGCAUUCUCCACCACUGAGAAGACCCUGCCAUCAGGUGACACUGGCAUGCCAUGGCUCUGUUGACAAGGCCUCCGCUGAAUAUUUAAACCAAGACUGAUGCAGGAAAAAGGAAUCGUUUAGGCACCUCGGUCCCAAAUUGUUCAAGGCUCUAUAUGUUAAUAAUAAAACACUGAGCUUAGCUCAGUGGUUACUUGGUGGUCAGUGCAGUUCUCUCAAUAUAGGUGUACUGUAAUGUGUGGAUGGCCAGACUCUCCAUACAGCACUCUGGCUGCAGCAUUCUGCGCCUGUGGCAAUUUCCAGGCGAGUCUCCAGAGUAGAGCAACAAACACACUGUCCAGUGCAGCUGUACAUGAUCUUUGUAACUCUCCUGAAACAGCUUCUGCAUUAUUAUUAUUAUUUUACAAAUUAUGUACUUUAAAUAUUUUGAGUAGUGUCAGUGGGUUACAUACAAAUCUAGCCCAAGAGAAGGUUGCCCAUCUAGUAAGAAACAAUGAUAUUUGGUAGGCAAAUUCUUUUCUGCAUAUCUGUAUAUCCUGCACAGCUUCUGCCUAGGAGAUGUAGCAGCGUGGAAGUGAAAGAUAAUUUAUUUCCUUUGUGUUGGGUUCCUCUCCUAGGCCGCAUAAUUGCUCCCAAGAAGGCUCGAGUCAUCCAGCAGCAGAAACUGAAAAAGGUGAGAUGCUCCCACGCUCCUCCGUGCCAAACUGACACUCUGGAAGCAGCAACGGCAGAGACCACCUUCUGAGGCUUGUGCUAUGUGGGCGCAUGUUUUCAACCCACGGACCAAUCAUCAAUUGUCUUCAGUGGCACGGAGCACUUUUCCACUGGCUUAGCCUAAGACAUGAUGUGUAGCUGCUUCUGGACAGGGGUAGCCUGGCCACCAUGCUCUAUGCUCAAGUAGCUUCUCGGUUAGACUCCUGCAAUGCAUUGCAUUUGGUGUUGCCCCUGGAGACAGUUUAUAACUAGUACAGAUUCAGCUGCUGUGCUUUUAGCUGAGAUGGCUCAUCUGAAUUUAAAAAACUUCUCUGGUUCUCUGUCUGGUUCUCAGACAGAGGGCCUUCUCGGUAGUGGCACCUGCCCUGUGGAACGCCCUCCCAUCACAUGUAAAGGAAAUAAGCAACUAUCCUAUUUUUAAAAGACAUCUGAAGGCAGCCCUGUUUAGGGAAGUUUUUAAUAUUUAAUGCUGUAUUGUUUUUAAUACUCGAUUGGGAGCCGCCCAGAGUGGUUGGGGAAACUCAGCCAGAUGGGCGGGGUAUAAAUAGUAAAUUAGUAUUACUAUUAUUGUUAUUAUUAUUAUUAUUAUUUGUUUCUGAGCCUAAGUGAAGGCACAAGGACUGACUUUUAAGGCCCUUGGGUCUCAUGGGUAUCUAAAGGAAUGCCCAUUCCCACACUGACCCGCAUCUACCAAUACUUUCUGUCAUGAGUGAGGUUGGUGGUGACCAUGGGGAGAGCUUUAUGUUUUAGACUCCAGCCAAAAAAAUUUUUUUAUUCUCCUAGGCCUUCUACGUAUGUUCGAACUCACCUUACUGUUCUUUUCAUUAGGAUGUUUUUGAUCGUUGUUUCAUGUGGAUUGUAUUGUUUGCUUUUAUUGUAAACCAGCCUGUGGUCAUAUCUGAUCAAGGGUAGUAUAAAAAGGUAAAGGACCCCUGACAGUUACCGUAAGUCCAGUCGCGAACAACUUUGGGGUUGCGGCGCUCAUCUCGCUUUACUGGCCGAGGGAGCCAACGUUUGUCCGCAGACAGUUUUUCUGGGUCAUGUGGCCAGCAUGACUAAGCGAAGCCAGAACAGUGCACGGAAAUGCUGUUUACCUUCCCUCCGGAGUGGUACCUAUUUAUCUACUUGCACUUUGACAUGCUUUCGAACUGCUAGGUUGGCAGGAGCUGGGACCGAGCAACGGGAGCUCACCCCGUCACGGGGAAUCGAACUGCUGACCUUCUGAUCAGCAAGCCCAAGAGGCUCAGUGGUUUAGACCACAGCGCCACCCGCUAAAAAACCAGAAAUACCUUAUACCCACCACCCCAUAAGCAAACUUCAAUGGCACACCAUAACAUUGGGACAUUUCAGGUGCAUAGCUGCUUAGUUGUCGUAUAAACUUCUUUCUCUGCAGAACCUGGAGGUGGGCAUCCGUAAGAAGAUUGAGCACGAAGUGGUGAUGAAGGCCAGCGCUAAACUACCCAAGAAACUGAGUGUGCUGAAGGCCCCCAAAGCGGACACCACAAAAGAGCCAGGCCACUCCAGCAAGUCUUAGCUAUGACCUGUGUACCUGAGUGGGUGGCGGAGAGCAGCCAUAUACGGCUGGACGACUGUACCCAUGACACCCGCCUUGUAGUGUUGGAAGAGCCUACAGAUUAAUAACGUAGCAACAUUUCAGUUGGUGACAAAAGCUUCCCUUCACACGAGAAACCGGGUGGGCUGUUCUGUGCCUAGGUGAAGAGAUGGGCUUUGUUUUUCAGCUCUGUUGUAUGUAAUAAUGGUUCAAGUCCCAGCAUUUCCCCUGUUUUAUAUUUGGAUUUGUCUUCUCGUUAACGACCUCCAUGGAAGCCAUUCUUUCAAAGUUAGCUUGGACUGGGUAGAGUUUGUAGGAGCGACUGGAGCUGUUGCCCACUGGUGUUUCAGCAGCAUCAAGUUAUCAGAAUCAGACACGGACUUCAUGUGUUCAAGUGGGUCUACAGACAUGGCAUGUGUGACACCUAUAUCACAUUGGUAUUUACACAUGUGGGUGUCUUUGCAAACAUGGGAGUCCAGUGUGUGAAUGUUGGGCAGGACCCAGCAGGCUAGGAUGAAUCUCAACCCACUAUUUUCUAUAGGGCUUGAAUGUCUGCAUGAAGAAGCAGAAAUUCCCAACUGAGCUUUGAGGUUUUUAGCUGUUCCUGGAAACAAGUGUGAUUUACUCACGUGUGUGUUGUGGUUUGAGUAAAAAGGAUCCCUUCUGUCAUCUGUCCCCUUUCUGCUGCCUUCUGAGGGUCCACAUAGUUUUAUUUUGCUGCCCAUUUCAACCUUGUUCCUUUUGCAAAGUUUCUGAAAUAAUCUUUGUUGAUUGCUUUUGGAACCCAGAAGGUCCAUUGUGGCUUGCUCAUAGUGGCUAAUUCUUCCACAGGGAGAUAGCAUAAAACCAAGGUAUAUGUUCUCAGAUCAGGAAUCCCAAAUGUAAUUUUAAAAGUUGAAAUCCCUGUUCCUGUAACUGCUGCAGAUGUUUGUUUAUCACUAUAGUAUCUCCACCACAUUUAAUAAAUAUAUUAUCUAAAAAGUGCAUUCUUAACUCAGAGCAUUUCAUCUUGCAGUUUUGUCAGUUGAACAGGUCUAAAAGAUUUACAGUGGUACCUCGGGUUACAUAUGCUUCAGGUUACAGACUCCGCUAACCCAGAAAUAGUACCUCGGGUUAAGAACUUUGCUUCAGGAUGAGAAGAGAAAUCGUGCUCCGGCGGCGCAGCGGCAGCAGGAGGCCCCAUUAGCUAAAGUGGUGCUUCAGGUUAAGAACAGUUUCAUGUUAAGAAUGGACCUCCAGAACUAAGUUCUUAACCCGAGGUACCACUGUACUUGGAAAUGUCCUGGAGUGGAGGCGAGAAGUUAGUGAACACAGAGGGCACGAUCUGGCUAAACACAACCACUUUAUCCUUAUUUAUUGCAUUUAUAUAUCCCUCCUUUUCCUCCAAUGAGCUCACGGAGGUGUACAUGGUGCUUCGCCUCCUCAUUUCAUUGCCACAGCAGCCCUGUGAGGUAGGUUAGGCUGCAAGGCAGUGACUGGCGCAAGGUCACCGGGGAGCGUUUUGGAGAUGCAGCCCACAAUCUGGGAGCAGGCACUGUUCUUGGGGUGAGGUGCAGGAUACUCGCAACCACAAAUUUUAAGAUUUGCCACCUAGACUAGGCAAAAUGUGUGGACUCCUUAUGGCAACUUGCUUUAUUAAAUGUGCUAAAAUGUAAAAUGCAUAUUUAAAAGAUCUAAUCAGAAAACAAUUGGGAAUUCUGAAGUGUAUAACAAGAGAAUCUGGAUUCUGCAACAUGUAUAAAUUAUGCAUACUAAGCAAAUUUGCAUGUUUUCUCUUAUUUUGAAUACUUUAUUUUGCAGUUUUUGCAUAAUUUAUUCUGGUUGUGCGGGUCUUUUAGGAUAGACAAGGAACUGUGCAGGGCACUUAAACUAGGGUUGCCAUAUUUCAAAAAGUAAAAACCAGGACACGCUGAAAGUUGUUGAGCAUUUUUUAGAAGGACUCAAAAUUGUUGAGCUUUUCUUAGGCAAACCCGAAAGUUGUUGAGCAUUUACAAAAACACAAACAAACUUGAUUUGCCUAAGAUCCAGGAAAAGACGCCACAUUUCAGAAAAUCCCCCCAGAUGUCAAUUCUGCCUUUCAAAUCCCAGUAAUGUCCAGGAAAAUCUGGACGUAUGGCAGCCCUAACUUAAACCCCACUCCCAACCAGUAGAAAUCUGGCAUAGCAUCUUCUUUGGGCUUCUGAGAUUUCUGCAGGUAUUGCUUGCUUACUUUGAAAUAUAUUUAUUUUUUAUUAAGUGUUUCAUUGUUAGCUGCCCAGAGAAUCCUGUUGAGGGGCAGGAUUAUGCACUCUAAAAAUAUUGGCAGUCAUGUUGAGAUUGUCAGGAAGUGCACCUAACACCCCAUCCAGUGGAUUAUCGGUAAAGGUAAAGGUUCCCCUGACCUGCUUGGUGGGCAGGAGCUGGGACCGAACAACGAGAGCUCACCCUGUUGCGAGGAUUCGAACCGCCGACCUUCUGAUCGGCAAGCCCUAGGCUCAGUGGUUUAGACCACAGUCCCUUUUGCAUUAUCUGUACUCCUGUUUAAUUAAGGCACACGCACAAACACCACAUGUAAUGACUAAAAGAGCAUUAAGAAGACACAGAGGAGGGGAUUACGGAACGAGGGAGGAAAUGCCACACAACAAAAGCCAGCUUUGAUAGAGACAUAGUCCACAUGUUGACAACAAUCUCAACUGUGUUUGUAAUGGUGUUGGGGUAUGUGUGGAGGCUAGGGUAAACCUGAGCAGAUUCAAUGCGCCUUCACUUCUCAGGCUGUACAACAUCUCAUCUGAACUGGUCCUUUGGUGACAAAUAGAACUUGGAAGAAGAAAGAACGGUAAGAUCAAUACAAUAUGAUAGGGGGUUUGUCCACACUUUUGACUGAGGUGCCAAAAGUAAGAGUGUGGGAAACUCCCAUUUGGACAUGCUCCAAGUUCAGUGCUCCUAUUUCAACACUGCCCUGCCUCUGGGGAAGCCCUGGCCUGAUCAAAUCCCAUCAAGGAGAGAGGAAGUAUCUAAGGUAAAAGCCUUUUCCCUGAGAUUGAGGGAUGACCCUCUUUUUUCUUUUUCUUUUCUUUUCUUUCUUUCUUUCUUUCUUUUUUUUUUGAGGCUCAUUAUGACCAGUUUUGGGGAGCAGACAGAUAGAUGAAACAGGAAGAUAAGUCUAGUAAACAGCUGCAAGGAUUUUUUAAAAGAAAGACUUGAGACUUCAAAAGGGAUCUGGUGGCAUCGUUUCUGGGGGUAUGCAGUGGUAACUGAAUGUUGGCUUCCCUGUGAGCCUUUAAACCAUCCAGUAUUCUAUUAUUACAUCCAUCAAAACUUAUUUACACUGUAAUUUUUCUUUCUUUUUUAAAUUUAUUUUUAUUAAAGAUUUUCUUGAUUUACAAAGGUAUGUGCAAUGUCUCUCUCUCGUAUUUUUUUUUUAAUGUAACUUUUUUUUUUACAAAUUGGUUUCAUUUGUUCAGACAUUAGGAAGAAUAGGGGGAAAGAGGUGGAGGGGGGAAAGAUGGGUGGGGGUGGGGUCGGGUGGUGAUGUUUCUAUUUUACUUAAUAUAUGUGGGGGGUUGUGUCAUCGUUGCUUGUGCAGGUUCUUUACACUGUUGAAUUUAUCUUAAUGCUGCCAACAUUUUCAAGUGUACUCAAUUUCCCCCCAUAUAUUCAAUAAACAUUUUCCAAUCUUCUUUAAACG